AUGUCCUCCAAGUUAAAAAUUUUGGUCCCCGUGAAAAGGGUCAUCGAUUUCGCCAUCAAGCCCAGAAUCAACAAAGCCGGUACCGGCGUUGAAAAGAAGGGUGUCAAGUUCAGCAUCAACCCUUUCUGUGACAUUGCAUUGGAAGAGUCUCUUAAGCUCAGAGAAGCCAACAAAGGGUUGGUUGAGAAGAUCCACGCUGUUUCCAUUGGUCCUACCAAGGCCCAGGAUAUUUUGAGAACGGCGCUUGCCAAAGGUGCUGAUACCACGACGUUAGUGGAUGUUGGCGAAGAGGAAGUGGAGCCAUUGAACGUUGCUAAGAUCUUACAUAAGGUUGUGGAGAAGGAGGGCCUGAAUUUGGUCAUUUUGGGUAAACAGUCGAUCGACGACGAUGCCAACCAGACGGGUCAGAUUUUGGCUGGUUUGUUGAACUGGCCGCAGGCCACGAACGCUUCGAAGGUGGAGGUUUCUGGAGAAGAGGUCAGUGUGACGAGAGAAGUGGACGGCGGUGCCGAUACGCUCAAGGCCAAGUUGCCUAUGAUCAUCACUACAGACUUGAGAUUGAACGAGCCACGGUAUGCGUCGUUGCCCAACAUCAUGAAGGCCAAGAAGAAGCCAUUGGAGAAGUUGAAGGCCAGCGAUUUGGGCGUGGAGAUUGCUAACCGUUUGGAGACGUUGAAGGUGGAGGAGCCACCAGCACGUGCUCCAGGUGUGAAGGUGGAAAACGUGGACGAGUUGGUCGCCAAGCUCAAAGAGGCCAAGGCCAUUUAG